GAGUUUGUAUCUGCUGUCGCCAGUAUCUGAUGUAGAAGUUUAGUUUCACGUGGAAGGAUCGGCCUUUGUUAUAAACAAGUUUUUCGUCUGGAAUUGAAGCUGCUAUAGGAGUGUGGCAAGAUACUGUGUGUGGGUGCAUUACAAGUGUGGUCUGCAGGGAAUCCUCUCAGUUGGAGUGUGUGAUUAUCAAAACAGUAACUGAUACGGACACCUCAGUAUAUUGGAUACUAAUACUUCUGUAUUUGCGGACAUAGCUACCAUAUUGUAGUAUAUUUGUGAACUAGGGGGCAUUUCCUGAAGUUGAAAGUCUGUCCUAACAGCAAUGGGCAAGAAACUGAAGGUGGGAAAAACCCGCAAGGACAAGUUCUAUCACUUGGCUAAAGAGACAGGUUAUCGUUCCCGUUCGUCCUUCAAAUUGAUCCAGCUGAACCGAAAGUUCCAUUUCCUUCAAAAGGCCCGUGCCAUUCUUGAUCUCUGUGCUGCGCCAGGAGGAUGGCUUCAGGUGGCUUCCAAAUUUAUGCCUGUAUCCAGCCUAAUCAUUGGAGUGGACCUUGUACCCAUUAAGCCAAUUAACAAUGUGGUGACUUUGCAGGAGGACAUUACUACAGAGAAAUGCCGCCAGGCUGUAAGGAAGGAGCUCCAGACAUGGAAAGUUGAUGUCGUUCUGAAUGAUGGAGCACCAAAUGUGGGUGCAAACUGGCUUCAUGAUGCAUAUUCACAAGCUCACCUCACUCUGAUGGCUCUGAAAUUGGCUUGUGAAUUCUUGACAAAAGGUGGAUGGUUUGUUACUAAGGUCUUCAGAUCUAAGGAUUAUCAGCCACUUCUCUGGAUCUUUCAGCAAUUCUUUAAGAAAGUGCAGGUCACAAAGCCACAAGCCUCCAGGAAUGAGUCUGCUGAAAUAUUUGUUGUUUGUCAAGGGUAUCUUGCUCCAGAAAAAAUAGACAGCAAAUUUUUUGACCCCAAGCAUGCUUUCCAAGAGGUAGAAGUGAAGGCCAAAACUGUUCGAGACCUUGUUUCUAACAAGAAGCCCAAGGCUGAGGGCUACACAGAAGGUGAUUAUACUCAGUAUCAUUGUUUCACCAUUAUGGAUUUUAUCAAAGCUGAAAAUGCUGUGGAUUUCUUGAACAAUGCUAGUGAGAUAACACUGGAUAAUCCAGAACUGGAUAGUCAUCCUGCAACAACUCAGGAAAUUCGUGAAUGCUGUCAAGACAUCAAGUUACUGGGUCGCAAAGAACUGAGAGCUUUGCUGAACUGGAGAGGAAAAUUACGCAGAUACUUGGCAAAGAAAUUGAAGGAUGAGGCCAGAGAGCUCUCUGGAGAAAUAAACUUGAGCUCUGAUGAAGAACAGAGUGAAGAAGAAAUUAAGGGUUCCCGGAAGCCAUUGGAAAAAGUUGCUGAGGAGAAGGAAGAUGCAGAAGACAGAGAGCUGGAGGAAGAACUAGCAAAAGCAAAAGCUGAGGAGGUAGCCGAGCUUAAAAGGAAGAAGAAAAAAAUUCUGAAGGAACGCCGAAAACAACGAGAACGUAUGGAGCUCAAGAUGGAUCUUCCAGGUGUUUCUAUUGCAGAUGAAGGUGAAACAGGAUUGUUUUCUCUCAAAUCCAUCUCCAAAAACAAGUUGUCGGAGAUCAGUAAAGGAGAUAUGAAAUCAGCUGAUGAAAUAUUAGUGGAUGAGGAGAUUAAUGAUGACAUCCACCUGUCGGAUAAGGAAGAUAGUGCAGAUGAGGUGUCACUGGCCAGUGACCUGGAUUCUGAAGACAUGGAAGAUGUAAGGUUAAAAGAUAAGCAGACUGAAUCUAAAGGAAAGAAGCUAACUAAGAAAAGAGUGACUUUCACUGAUGAUAAAGGGGGUGAUGAUAAGAAUCCACUCCUUGUUGAACUGGAAGACCCAAAAAUGAAACAGGAGCAGCAGACCAACCUCUGGUUUGGAAAGGAUGUGUUUGCUGACAUUACUCUGGAAGGUGAUGAACGUCUAGAGAUAAAACAAGCAAAGAAGUUGUACAGUGAAAAAGGUGGUGUAGUUGCAGGUGAAGAAACAAAGAUUAACAAGCAGAAAAGAAAGAGCACAGAAGAACAGGCAGUACAAGCUGCAGAGAUCAAGAAUCCGGUAGCAACAGAGAUCAAGAGUGAAGAGUGUGAUGAUGAUGGUGACAGUGACGAAGACAGCAGCAGUGAUGAUGAAAUUGACAUUCAAGAGUUGAAGCAAAAGGCCCAACAAAUGAAGGGGAAGCGCCUUGUAGAUGGAAACAUUGAUGAUGAUGAGCAUGAGUUUGAGGUGGUUCCUAUUGAAAAGACAGUUAAGAAGGCACGGAUCCUGAGCCCUGAAGGUCUUGCACUGGGAACAUUGAUUGCCACCUCGAAGAAGAAGAAACGUGAUAUGAUUGAUGACUCCUUUAACAGGUGCUCUUUCAAUGAAGAUGAUGAUAUGCCUGACUGGUUCAUAGAAGAUGAGAAAAAGCAUCGCAUAAAGCCCAUUCCACUGGACAAGAAGAUGGUGGAAGAAUUCCGGGAGCGCUGGCGGGAAAUAAAUGCCAGACCAAUCAAAAAAGUCGCAGAAGCCAAAGCUAGAAAGAAGAGGAGGAUGUUGAAAAAGAUGGAGCAGGCAAAGAAGAAGGCUGAAACAGUGGUGAAUACAGUUGAUAUAUCUGAACGGGAGAAGAUGGCACAGCUGAAGAGCAUCUACAAGAAAGCUGGUAUUGGGAAAGAGAAGCGGGAAGUGACGUAUGUGGUGGCCAAAAAGGGAGUGGGUCCCAAGGUACGCCGUCCACCUGGUGUCAAAGGUCAUUUCAGGGUGGUAGAUAAGAGAAUGAAGAAGGAUCGUAGGAGCCAAACAAGUAAAGACCAAAGAGGAAAGCAGAGAAAAAGAAAAUAAAUUAAUAAAGGCUGGAAAGAAAGACGUAACUGUUCUUUUUCAUUACAGAGGUGUAAAGUGCAAGAAUGUUGAUACAUCUGUCUUCCCUUAUUUUAUGGAUGGAUGUUCAAUACCACAACCAGUACACCUUUGGCUUCGGCAAAAAGCUUCAAGUUGGAGUGUUUUUUGUAAAACAUUAUGCAGUAAAGUCUUGCAUUACUGCAAUGCAGUAUGAAGGCUUUUAGUUUUAUGGGGGGAUUCUCAGCUUCACUUCCUCUACACUGGCCAUAGAUUGGUUAAGCCUGAACUAAUUACAGGCUGCUGCUUUUUCUUAACUUAUUGUUGGUAUUUUCAUAAAGUGUUAUCCAUGUCCUUUUAUGCUUUAUCAGUAGCUGCAUUGUUAAUUGUGAUCUUCACUUUAAAAAUUGAAGUUUAGAUUAUUCAGUUAAUUCCAGAAUAAACAGUUUGUGCAUGUGAUUCUACACACCAGGUGCUGUUAGCACUUGUUUUUACUUUUUCCAUUUAUUCACCUAUAAAUGAAAUGUAGAUUGAACUGUGACUUUGUGUCUGGUGCUGUUAUGUAGUUCCAUGAUACAUUACUACCAUUGUAAUAUGGCUGUUGUUUUACUGAAACAAUAAAGGUAAAGCAGCCCUAAUAUUUUUUAUCAGGAAGAAAACCAUUGUGUAAUUUACUGCUCAGUUUACUUAAACAGUCUUGCUCACAUUAACUGUUACUAGAAUAUUCAUAUUUUCAAUUUCUGAUAUGUACUGAAGCUCUUGAUUUGUUGCCAAGAGUGUUUAAUUGGCAGGUGGAAGCAGUUUUAAUUUUUCAGUGCACCUUAAACACGAUGGGAUUGCUUAUGUCUUUGGUGAAGCAACCUAGAAUGAGUUUGUUUGAAAUUAUUCUGCUUUGAUUUUUGGUAAUUCGAGCAUGUCCCACAAAUUCAGAAAUUAGAACCAGACCAAGACAGACCAGUGCUUCUUAAUCUGACUUAAACACAUCUGAUACCUGGUGACAAAAAUAAUUUGCCAAAACUAUGAUAAUGUUAGACGAGCAAUAAACCUGUACUUGGA